CCGCGGUCCUCAUGUGGAAGGAUACCCUCUCGCUGUAGUUAAGUGACGUCAGCGAGGGACGCCAUGGCAGUUAAUGAGCACAGAAACAUUUGAGCUGCGCUGGGAUUGCACUGCCAACUAUGCCCUGGAUGUUGAUCACAGUCCUGAAGCAGCGCCACAUCCGCUUCACCUGCUCGACAGGAAGAGAGGAGAACACACAGGAGCUGACACGAGUCACACAAAAAGUCCCAGAAUCUCAACUACCGAAGUCAGACCUUUGAAAGAUGAAGACAUUCAGUGUUGCUGUCGCAGUGGCCAUCGUAGUGCUCACCUUUAUUUGUAUUCAGGAGAGCGCUGCCACGUUUACUGAGAUACAAGAGCUGGAGAAGGCAGUUGGUAACGACAAUCCAGCUGCAGAACAGCAAGAGAUACCAGUGGACUCAGGGAUGAUGCCAUAUACAGGACAGAGGCGUAGAAGGUGCCGCUUCUGCUGCGACUGCUGCCCUCGUGGUGGUUGUGGAAUAUGCUGCAGGUUCUGAGGAUUCCUGCUCGAACAGCCAUUCAAUAUUCAUUACUUGUGAUAUACGUUAACUUGAAGUUUUCGCAUACUUCAUGUGGUCAUGCUGUACUGUUGUGUGUGCUCAGUGAUGCGACUGUGUCAUCCACAUACUUCACUUUUGAAGGUGUUUUAUCAAUAAAUGUUAUUACAACCUCA